AUGGAAUUGAUCGAAGUGGCACCAAAGCCCAACGACGCUGCAUUGGAAAUGCAAUGUUACUUGGAAGACGAUCCAGAGAAUAUGGAGUGCGUCGACGAUUGUGUGGCAUACGGUGUCAACGGAAAGCCACCGUCGUACCUGACACCGCUGUUGGCCGUACAGAACGUAGUGACCACUUUAUGUUGUUUGAUCUUCGUUUAUAAUAUUUUGGCCCCAAAACUGUGCAUGUUGCCAGAAGACCCGGCACGAGCACACUUGCUGGCCACGGCCGUCAUGAUGGCCGGCAUCGGAACCGUGUUGCAGACAAUUUUGGGUGUCAGGCUUCCGAUCGUGCAGACCAGUGGAUUUGUGUUCCUUUCCUGCACACUACCCAUAUUGGAUUUGCCGGAAUGGAAGUGUAAUAGCAACAUCGAUCUGUUCACGAUGGGUCCUGAGGCCCGUACGCAGGUAUGGCAUCUCCGUGUUCGGAACAUUCAAGGCGCUAUGAUCAUCGUCGGUAUCAUUCAAAUGUUUUUGGGAUACUCUGGAAUUGUCGGAAAAUCGCUGAAAUACAUCACGCCUCUGACCGUAGUGCCAACUAUGUGCCUCAUAGGUCUGUCGGUCAUCGAAAAGGAGUGUUUUCUCAUGUCAGGAAAUUGGACUACAGCCAUCAUGACUCUAUGUUUACUGACACUAUUCUCGCAAUAUUUGCGAAAAGUCGCCAUUUCCUUGCCAGUAUACUCGUAUAAAGGUGGACUGUUCAUAGUGCGGUUGAAAAUUUUCGCACUGUUUUCGAUAUCACUCAGCGUUAGCAUUAUGUGGUUCGUGUGUGUUUACCUGACUGCCAAUAAUAGUCUAUUACCAACGAACCCGGCGAACACAGAAUUGAAGGCCGGAGUAUUGCGCAACGCACCGAUGUUACGAAUUCCUUACCCUUUUCAAUGGGGUUGGCCGACAGUUAGCUUGACGUCGAUAUUGGCCAUGUUACCCGCGCUAUUCGUCAACAUUGUAGAGUCUGUCGCCAAUUAUUACACAUGCGCGAGAUUUGCCAAUUUGACAAAGCCUCCACCCAAUGCGGUAAAUCGGGGUAUCGGCAUCCAAGGUAUCAGUACGAUUUUUGCCGGUUUCUUUGGUACAGGUUCCGGGGUUAGCUCAUCCAGCGAAAAUGUGGGAAACAUUGGCAUCACCCGAGUGUGCAGUAGAAACGUGAUUGGACUCGCAGCCUGUAUAAUGAUCGUCGCGUCCAUGCUUACCAAAUUCAUCGCACUGUUAGUGACUUUACCGGAUCCAGUACUCGGCGCCAUGACGUCGGUGUUACUCGUGCUAAUCGGAGCCGUAGCGCUGUCUAAUCUACAGUUCAUAAAUCUCAACUCGUUAAGGAACAUGUAUAUUCUCGGAUUGUCAAUAUUUUUUGGAUUGGCGGUUCCUAAGUACUUAUCAACGGUACAAGGUAAUAUUAUAAACACCAAAUACGAAACCGUCAACAACGUCCUGAUUGUGUAUCUGUCCUCUGGAAUAUUUAUUGGCGGAUUUAUUGGUUUUAUUUUAGAUAACACAAUUCCAGUCGAUGACAAUGACGCCAUGAACAGUAACGGGUACCACAAUCCCAACGACGAACUCAAGUUUUCCAACAAAACCGACGACGAACAAGUAUACAAGAUUUCAGAUCGCCUCUACGAUAAAAUUAAUUAUUGUUUAUCAAUUUUCAUCUAA